GUGACCCAGGUGCGUACGCGACGGAGCGGGCGGCGAAGAUGGCGGACGAUGAGGCCGAGCAGGAGCGCCUGAGCGGUGGCGGCUGCGCGGCGGAGCUGCGGCGCCUGGGCGAGCGGCUGCAAGAGCUGGAGCGGCGGCUGUGCGAGAGCCGGGAGCCCGCGGUGGAGGCCGCCGCCGCCUAUUGCCGGCAGCUGUGCCAGACACUCCUUGAGUAUGCAGAGAAAUGGAAAACUUCAGAAGACCCUUUGCCCUUACUGGAGGUGUACACAGUGGCCAUCCAAAGCUAUGUUAAAGCGCGGCCAUACCUUACCUCUGAAUGUGAAAGUGUAGCCUUGGUUCUGGAACGCUUGGCAUUAAGCUGUGUUGAACUUUUACUGUGUCUACCUGUUGAGCUAUCAGAUAAACAGUGGGAACAAUUUCAGACCUUGGUGCAGGUAGCGCACGAGACACUGAUGGAGAGCGGCAGCUGUGAGCUACAGUUCCUAGCUACUCUAGCUCAGGAGACUGGGGUGUGGAAAAACGCAGUACUGUCCACUAUACUUUCCCAGGAACCACUGGAUAAAGAGAAAGUGAACGAAUUUUUAGCUUUUGAGGGUCCCAUCUUGUUGGAUAUGAGAAUUAAACAUCUAAUCAAAACCAAUCAGUUAAGUCAAGCAACCGCUCUAGCAAAGCUGUGUUCUGACCAUCCUGAGAUUGGCACAAAAGGGAGUUUUAAACAGACUUACCUUGUCUGCCUUUGCACAGCAUCGCCAAGUGAGAAGCUAAUUGAAGAGAUUUCGGAAGUUGAUUGCAAAGAUGCAUUAGAAAUGAUCUGUAAUUUAGAGUCUGAGGGUGAUGAGAAAAGCGCCCUGGUUUUAUGUACUGCCUUUCUAUCACGGCAGCUCCAGCAAGGAGAUAUGUACUGUGCUUGGGAACUCACUCUGUUUUGGAGUAAAUUGCAGCAAAGGGUAGAACCGUCAGUACAAGUGUACCUAGAAAGGUGUCGUCAGCUUUCUUUGUUAACGAAGACUGUAUAUCACAUUUUUUUCCUGAUUAAAGUUAUUAACUCAGAGACUGAAGGGGCUGGACUUGCUACCUGCAUAGAAUUAUGUGUAAAAGCUCUUCGCUUGGAGUCUACAGAAAAUACUGAAGUGAAAAUAUCAAUUUGCAAAACCAUUUCAUGUUUGUUGCCUGAGGAUCUGGAAGUUAAACGUGCUUGCCAAUUGAGUGAAUUUCUUAUUGAGCCUACAGUAGAUGCAUAUUAUGCUGUGGAAAUGUUGUACAACCAGCCAGACCAGAAAUAUGAUGAAGAGAAUCUUCCAAUACCAAAUUCUCUCCGUUGUGAGCUCUUACUCGUUUUGAAAACUCAGUGGCCCUUUGAUCCAGAAUUUUGGGAUUGGAAAACUUUGAAACGCCAAUGUCUUGCUCUCAUGGGAGAAGAGGCAUCUAUUGUGUCCUCAAUUGAUGAGCUGAAUGACAGUGAAGUCUAUGAGAAAGUAGACUACCAGGGUGAAAGGGGAGACACAUCUGUGAAUGGCCUUUCUGCUGGGCUUGGUACUGAUUCUGGCCUGCUGAUGGAUACUGGUGAUGAAAAGCAAAAGAAGAAGGAGAUAAAAGAAUUAAAAGAUAGGGGGUUUAUAUCUGCUAGGUUUAGGAAUUGGCAAGCCUACAUGCAGUAUUGUUUACUCUGUGACAAAGAAUUCCUUGGACACAGAAUAGUACGGCAUGCUCAAAAACAUUACAAAGAUGGGAUUUACAGCUGUCCCAUAUGUGCAAAGAAUUUUAAUUCUAAAGAAUCGUUUGUCCCUCAUGUUACACUGCAUGUUAAACAGUCUAGUAAAGAGAGACUAGCAGCUAUGAAACCAUUAAGAAGAUUGGGAAGGCCUCCUAAAGUCACAGCCACCCAUGAAAAUCAAAAGACUAAUACUAAUACUGUGGCUAAACAGGAACAGCGACCUAUAAAAAAGAAUAGUCUUUAUUCAACAGAUUUCAUAGUGUUUAAUGACAAUGAUGGUUCAGAUGAUGAGAAUGAUGACAAGGACAAGUCUUAUGAGCCCGAGGUGAUCCCUGUCCAGAAACCAGUUCCUGUUAAUGAAUUUAAUUGCCCUGUGACCUUUUGUAAAAAGGGCUUUAAGUACUUCAAAAAUUUAAUUGCUCAUGUGAAAGGCCAUAAGGAUAGUGAAGAUGCCAAACGCUUUCUUGAAAUGCAAAGCAAGAAAGUCAUUUGCCAGUACUGUAGAAGGCACUUUGUAAGUGUCACUCAUCUCAAUGAUCACUUACAAAUGCACUGUGGCAGUAAGCCAUAUAUAUGUAUACAGAUGAAAUGUAAGGCUGGUUUUAAUAGCUAUGCAGAGCUGUUAGCCCACCGAAAGGAGCAUCAAGUCUUUAGAGCAAAGUGCUUAUUUCCAAAAUGUGGCAGAAUUUUUUCACAAGCUUAUUUACUAUAUGAUCAUGAAGCACAACAUUAUAAUACCUAUACUUGUAAGUUCACAGGUUGUGGUAAAGUGUAUCGUUCUCAGAGUGAGAUGGAAAAGCAUCUGGAUGAGCACAGUACACCUGAAAAAGUGCUGCCCCCUGAAGACCAGCUUAGUCCAUCUGGAAAUGAGGUGAACCAGAACUCCGAAGGGACGGCUGGGGAAGGAAGGUUAGAGAAGAGCAUUGAGAAGAGUCUAGGAUCAGGCAGCAGAAGUGGAGAUUGGGAGAAAAACAAAGCAGAGUUAGCUGUGACUAAAGCAGGUCAGAUCUCGGCCUCAGAACUCAGGCAAGCCAACAUACCAUUGUCAAAUGGUUUGGAAAACCCUGAUAAUACUACUGUUCUUCGGACCAAUGAAGUAGCUGUGUCCAUCAAGGUGUCUGUCAACCAUGGGAUUGAGGAUGACUUUGGAAAGCAAGAAAACCUAACUGUGGAAGGCACUGGUGAGCCGCUGAGCACAGGUGUGCAUAAACCAGGUGUAGGUGCUGGUGUCCAUUUAUGUCAUCCUGGUUUCCAAGAGAAGAAAGAUUUUGAGUGCUUGAACGAAGCCCAGAUUGCUCAGAAUUCUUUAGCAAAUUCAGAAUCACUGAAGAUGGGUGACCUUAACCCACAAAGCUUAGAAAGACAGGUGAACACUCUGAUGACCUAUGCUGUACAAAAUGAGGCAGGACUUGAAGACAGUUCACAAAUUUGCAAGUUUGAAUGUGGAGGUGAUGUUAAAACCUCAUCCAGCCUUUAUGAUUUACCUCUUAAGACACUAGAAAGUAUCACAUUUGUUCCGUCACAGCCCGCCCUGAGCAGUCCAUUGGGGUCUCCAUCAGUACCUCCAAAAGCUCCAGGUCAGAAGUUCAGCUGCCAGGUUGAGGGAUGCACUCGAACAUAUAACUCUUCACAGAGUAUUGGAAAACACAUGAAGACAGCACACCCUGACCAAUAUGCUGCUUUUAAACUGCAGCGCAAAACUAAAAAAGGUCAGAAAUCUAACAACUUAAAUACACCAAAUCAUGGAAAGUGUGUUUAUUUUUUGCCGUCACAAGUGAGCAGCUCUAAUCAUGCUUUUUUUACACCACAGACCAAAGCCAAUGGGAACCCUGCCUGUUCAGCCCAGUUGCAGCAUGUCUCGCCUUCCAUUUUUCCAGCUCAUUUAGCAAGUGUAUCAACUCCAUUGUUACCCUCAGUGGAAAGUGUCCUAAGUCCAAAUAUACCUUCUCAGGAUAAACAUGUACAAGAUGGUCUGUUAUGUUCACAAAUGGAAAAUUUGUCUAAUACUACCUUACCAGCACAGAUGGAAGAUCUAACCAAAACAGUUUUGCCUUUGAAUAUUGACAGCGGCUCAGAUCCUUUUCUUCCUCUACCCACAGAAAAUAGCUCUCUUUUCUCUUCACCAGCAGACAGUGAGAAUAACUCUGUUUUUUCCCAACUGGAAAGUAGUACAAAUCAUUAUCCCUCACAGACGGAAGGAAACAUAAAUUCCUCUUUUCUGAAAGGAGGUAGCAGUGAAAAUGGAGCUUUCCCUUCCCAAGUAAGCACUGCAGAUGACUUCAGUAGCGCCAGUGCCCAACAGUCUGCACCUAAGAAAGUGAGAAAAGACCGCGCUCGAGGCCCACAUGGGAAGGAAAGGAAACCCAAGCACAACAAAAGGGCUAAAUGGCCUGCGAUUAUCAGAGAUGGGAAAUUCAUCUGUAGCAGGUGUUACAGGGCUUUCACCAACCCCAGGUCCCUGGGUGGACACCUGUCUAAAAGGUCUUACUGCAAACCACUGGAUGGAGCAGAGAUUGCCCAGGAACUUCUACAGACCAACAGACAGCCUUCCCUUCUGGCCAGCAUGAUUCUCUCCACGAGUGGAGUAAAUAUGCAACAGCCACAACAGUCUAACUUUAAUCCAGAAACAUGCUUUAAAGACCCAUCAUUUCUGCAACUUCUUUCUAUGGAAAAUCGUCCAAACUUUUUACCAAGUACAUUUCCUAGAUGUGAUGUGAAUAACUUUAAUGCCAGUGUUAGUCAGGAAGGCAGUGAAAUUAUUAAGCAGGCUUUAGAAACUGCUGGCAUUCCCAGCACAUUUGAGAGUGCCGAAAUGCUUUCUCAGGUUGUUCCAAUAGGCAGUGUCUCCGAUGCAGCACAAGGAAAUGCAGCGGGGAUGCCAGGUCCAACUGUGACACCCUUGGCACAGACUGUUUGCCACCCAAACACCUCACCAUCAAACCAGAAUCAAACACCAAAUUCCAAAACUUCCACCCUCAAAGAAUGUAACAGUUUGCCUAUCUUUACAACAAAUGAUUUACUGCUGAAGACUAUUGAAAAUGGCUUGUGCUCCAGUUCGUUCAGUAGUUCUACUGAGCCACCACAAAAUUUUACCAAUAAUAGUGCACAUGUUUCUGUUAUAAGUGGGCCUCAAAAUACAAGAUCCAGUCAUUUGAAUAAAAAAGGAAAUAGUGCAUCUAAGAAGAGAAAAAAAGUUGCUCCUGCAGUAAUUGUAUCUAAUGCUUCCCAGAAUGCGGUACCAGCUGACUUAACAAUGGGGCUUACAGCAAAGAAUCUUGCAGUCCCUGAUACCAGCACACGGUCAGACAUGAUUCCAGAUUGUGAACCUCGGGCUUUGGUGGAAAAUCUCACACAGAAAUUAAAUAACAUUGACAAUCAUUUGUUUUUAACUGAUGUAAAAGAGAACUGUAAAGCCAGUCUUGAGCCCCAUACAAUGUUAACUCCUUUAACAUUAAAAACUGAAAAUGGUGAUUCCCGAAUGAUGCCUUUGAGUUCAUGCACACCACUGAAUUCUGAUUUGCAGAUUUCUGAAGAUAAUGUUAUUCAGAACUUUGAGAAGACUCUUGAAAUUAUUAAAACUGCUAUGAAUUCUCAAAUACUUGAGGUAAAAAGUGGAUCUCAGGGUACUGGUGAGACAACACAGAAUGCUCAGACAAAUUACAGCAUGCAACUUCCUUCAGUAAACUCUAUCCCAGAUAACAAGUUGCCUGAUUCUUCUCAGUGUUCCUCUUUCCUAACUGUAAUGCCAACAAAAGAUAACAUUCCUCAGUCUGAAACAUUACAUAAGGAGGAUCAAAUACAGGACAUUUUAGAGGGUUUGCAAAACUUAAAACUGGACGCUGACACCUCCGCUCCGGCUUCGCAGGGUAUGCUAACGAACAAAUCAGUAGCAUUGUCUCCUACUCCUACUAAAUCAACUCCAAAUAUUGUAGUCCAGCCAGUAUCCGAAGUGAUACAUGUUCAGCUUAAUGACAGAGUCAAUAAGCCCUUUGUGUGUCAAAACCAAGGCUGUAACUACAGUGCUAUGACAAAGGAUGCCCUGUUUAAACACUAUGGUAAAAUUCAUCAGUAUACUCCAGAGAUGAUUCUUGAAAUUAAGAAGAAUCAGUUAAAAUUUGCUCCAUUUAAAUGUGUAGUACCUACAUGUACCAAAACAUUUACAAGAAACUCUAACCUCCGAGCACACUGUCAGUUGGUACAUCAUUUUACAAUAGAAGAAAUGGUAAAGCUCAAAAUAAAAAGGCCCUAUGGAAGAAAAUCUCAGAGUGAAAAUUUGUCAUCUCCACAGACUAAUCAAGUGAAGAAGCAGCCACCCGUGGCAGAGGAAACAAAAACUGAGUCAAAGCCAGCCUUCAAGGUACCAACAGUGACAGGUGACGAUGCACUUGAUAAUGCAAUAGUAAUCUCAGAAAAACAACCUGCAGAAAAAAAAAGUCCUGAGAAACCAGAAAGUUCUUCACAGCCUGUCCCAUCCUCUGCUGAACAAUAUAAUGCAGAUCUUGCAAACCUAAAAACCAAAGGAAGGAAAAAUAAGAGGCAUAGAAAAGAAAAGGAAGAAAAAAGAGAAAAGAAUACAGUUUCCCAGUCCUUUGAAUUUCCAACAAAAUACAGUUCGUAUAGACCUUACUGUUGUGUUCACCAGGGAUGCUUUGCUGCAUUUACAAUACAGCAAAACUUGAUUCUUCAUUACCAGGCUGUACAUAAAUCAAAUCUUCCUACUUUUUCUGCAGAGGUUGAAGAGGAAAGUGAAGCUGUUAAAGAAAGUGAAGAAACUGAACCUAAACAAUCAAUGAAAGAAUUUAGGUGUCAGGUGAGUGACUGUUCUAGGAUUUUCCAAGCAAUUACUGGCCUAAUACAGCACUACAUGAAACUUCAUGAAAUGACCCCUGAGGAAAUUGAAAGCAUGACUGCUGCAGUGGAUGUUGGCAAAUUUCCAUGUGAUCAGUUGGAGUGUAAGUCUUCUUUUACAACAUACCUCAGCUAUGUUGUUCAUCUUGAGGUAGACCAUGGAAUUGGAACAAGGACAAGUAAGACAGAAGAAGAUGGCAUAUACAAGUGUGACUGUGAAGGCUGUGACAGGAUAUAUGCCACUCGGUCUAAUCUUCUCCGACACAUCUUUAAUAAACAUAAUGACAAGCAUAAAGACCAUCUGAUUCGGCCAAGAAAAUUAACUGGCCAGGAAAAUAUAUCAAGUAAAGCAAACCAAGAAAAAUCAAAGUCUAAACAUCGGGCAACAAAACACAACAGAUCCGGGAAAGAUGGAAUGAGAAUGCCAAAGACAAAGCGAAAGAAAAAAAGUAAUUUAGAAAGCAAGAGUGCAAAAAUUGUGCAGGUUGAGGAAAAUAAGCCUUACUCUCUAAAACGUGGGAAGCACGUAUAUUCCAUAAAGGCUAGGAAUGAUGCCUUGGCAGAGUGUACAAGUAAAUUUGUGACACAGUAUCCAUGUAUGAUAAAAGGGUGUACUUCAGUUGUUACAAGUGAAAGCAAUAUAAUUAGACAUUAUAAGUGUCAUAAAUUGUCCAAGGCAUUUACAUCACAGCACCGCAAUAUUCUUAUUGUCUUUAAGCGAUAUGGCAACCCACAAGGAAAGGAAAUCUCUGAGCAAGAAGAUGAAAAGAAUGAUAAAAAAGAUCCUGAUUCACUUGUGUUAGAGAAAAACGAUAACUCAAAGCCAGCUGCCGCUCCACAGGAAGAAGGUAUAAAAGGUGAAAAAGAUGAAAUGGAUGAGUUAACCGAAUUAUUUAUUACAAAGUUAAUAAAUGAAGACAGCACAAAUGCAGAAACCCAAGUCAAUACUACUUUAAAGGUAAAUAAUGAAUUUCAGGAACAUGAUUCCUGCAUAUCAGAAAGACAAAAGACUGGUAAUUUGAAGAGAGUUUAUAAAGAGAAAAACCCUGUGCAGAAUAAGAAACGGAAGAUUGAUAAAACUGAGCCAGAAGUAUCAUUGGUGGUAAAUAAUACACAGAAAGAGGAAGAGACUGCUGUAGCAGUUCAAACCACUGAGGAGCAUCCUGCAUCCUUUGACUGGAGCUCCUUUAAACCUAUGGGAUUUGAAGCAUCCUUUCUGAAGUUUCUUGAAGAGUCUGCAGUGAAGCAGAAGAAAAAUACUGAUAGAGACCAUUCAAACAGUGGAAGUAAAAGAGGAUCCCAUUCAAACUCCAGGAGACAUGUUGAUAAGACUGCUGUGACUGGUGGAAAUCAUGUGUGUUCUUGUAAAGACAGUGAAAUCUUUGUACAGUUUGCCAAUCCCUCAAAGCUUCAGUGCAGUGAGAAUGUAAAAAUUGUUUUAGACAAGACUCUUAAAGAUCGCUCUGAGCUUGUCUUAAAACAGCUUCAGGAAAUGAAACCUACUGUCAGUCUAAAAAAACUUGAAGUACUAUCAAAUAAUACAGAUAGGACUGUUUUAAAAGGAGUCAGUGUAGGUAAAGCCGCAGGCAGAGGGCAGUACUGACAGCCCAUGUACUGUACAUACAUAUCCUUUGUAGUUCUAUUUUAAAUAGAAAGCCAUCGAGCAUGCUGGAGUGAGCUUUUAAUUUGUUGACGUGAAUUAACCUAGCUUUAAAAAAAAAUGAGAAAAAAAAAGCCAUGACAUUUGUCAUGUAGAACUUUAUUUUAUCCCUAUGGGACUUGAACAGAAUCAAUACUUCAGUUAUUGUAAAUAAUUUGAGUUAAGCCUCAGAUUUCUGUCACCCAGUUGUCCUUUCCAUGAACGAUACUGAAUUAUCAGUGUGAUUGGUAUCUUUUCAGCAGAUCACCAUUCAUGUAUAGCAGUACUCUUUAUUUGUAGAUAUUUUUGUAUAUAUUUAUUAUUGUAAAUCAUUUGCUGCCACCAGCAGUGUGUAAGUCUAAAUGAGUAAACGAUACAUUUAUAUUUGCAAAUUUAAUUUUAACGAAGUGAUCACGUUUUUAAACUUUUAUUGUUUUAAAUUAAGAACUUUUGAACUAAAACUAGAACUGCCAUAGUUAAUUUUUUUUUUUUAACAUAAAACAUUUACAAGAUGUUAACAAGGUGUUUCGCACGGUAGGCACAUUACAGCCCUCUGCUUUGUGAAUUUGCCAUCCUCCACUCUUGGAUGGUGAUCAUGUGAAAUUAGAGCAGAUCCCUUCAUUUCAUUCAUAAAGCUACAGGGGUUUUUUUUCCUUCUUUUUCCAUUGCUUCUGAUCAGAUAUAGUUACUUUGAGUCCCUGAAAUGUAAUGGAAAUGUGAAUAAAGACUUUACUACAUUGAAGAUUUUAAACAUUGGUAUUUUAAGAAAUCCUUUGUCAAUGUGAUAGAAACUAGUAGUGGCGCAGUGUAAAUAUUCCAGGUGGUGGUUUGUGAAGUAGCCCAGUAUUGCCUUAAAUAAAAUCACAUUUCAGUUCUUCUUUUGUAUGUGAUCUUAUAAGAUUUUUUUUCCCUCCCAUUUUCUGAGAUUUAUGGAUGGUGUAUAGCUUUAAACUGUAUAAACUUUUGUGGAAAGAAUUUUUUAGACAUUUUUAUAAAUUUUAAAAUUGGUAUCAUCCAAGUGAGCCCAUCUUGUGUUUAUAAAAUGCAAGAAUCCUUAACAUUUAUAGUUAUAUAGAUGAAACACUUUCUAUAAGGAAGUAUUAUGUUUUGAUUUUACUAUUUAUAGGCAUUAGGUUGUGCAGAUUGUCUGUCUUCACAUUAUCUAAUGAUACGGUUUUCAUUAGAUUAGUCUUCAAGAACAGUAUUAGUCAUGAUUGAUUCUUUGAUCAUUCAGUAACUAGUUCUUCUAGCUUAGCUUUAUUCACCCAUCUGUGCGGGGAGGAAGAAGUUCUUUCUGGAGCACUGACAGCCCUCAUGGAAAGAAAGCACAGCUGAAGUCAGGACUGGAAACAGGCAGCCUUUGGAUAGCUACUCUCUUGCUUGCCAGAAAUAGCAUUGUUUCUUUGUUUUGGGGUUGUUUGUUUGUUUUUCUUUUUGUUCGUUUGUUUGUUUUUUCGAUAUGUUAUAAAGCAUUUACGUUCACAGUGCUACCCCGACCUGUGGUGUUGUGGUCACAUGGAUGUGUUUCCCGUGUUCUGCGUCUGACUUGCAGAGAAUGAGUUACUUAACUGAAGUCACUGGUACUCUGAAUAAAUAAGCAUGGUGAAAGAAUGAACUUAAUUUCUUUUGGAAACUUUAAAGUUUAAUUAUUAAAGUACUACAGUUUUAUUUGGGGGCCUAAUGGGUUGUGUUGAGUAGUUGGUUUCACUUUAAGGUUUCCUUUCAGUAUGCAUAAUACUUGGCAUAUUAAAAUCCUUGGUAAGCCCACUGUUAUUUAUUAAUGUUAAAAUAAAGGUGGUUUUCAUGGUUGAUUUAUAUUUUUUUAAAAAA